CAAAAAAACACCGCGUUCGCCUGGAGAGGGAGGUAGACAGCAGUGGUUGAUAUUAAAGAGGUUAAGACGACAUUUUCCCUUUAAUGGCUCAUUUUGAAAUCGUAAGCGUUUAAUGGGCCAGUGCUGAGAUUAAGAGGAGGCAACUCGCACGACGUCAAAGGCGUGUUUUUUUUUCAUUCAGUUUGGAGCAUCUUUGAGGACCGCAUCAUCCUUUGGAAUAUCGGCUUCUCGAAAAGCUUACACCUUUCCACCUGCUUCUUGGAUAUUUAAUGGAUUACAUGAUACAAGUACUUUUCUCUUGAGAUUGCAUUGCCCGGUUCACUUUGUGGUCCCGCUGUGGUGCGUUGAGUGAGUUAUUGCCCUCGUCCUGCGACCCUGGUCUCUGCGCCCCAUCACCCCUCCUCCUCCUCUUCAUCGCUGAGUGAGUCAGUUCGAAACAGCUGCAUUGAAAAUGUCCGCCCCAGAUGCUGCCGCCGCCGGACCCCCUGGUGCUCCAGGUCCUGAUGGGGCCCCACCAGGCCCCCCCAACACCUCCAGCAACCGCAGGCUACAACAGACACAGACCCAAGUCGACGAGGUGGUGGACAUCAUGCGGGUGAACGUGGACAAGGUGCUGGAGAGGGAUCAGAAGCUGUCAGAGCUGGACGACCGGGCCGACGCGCUGCAGGCAGGGGCCUCCCAGUUUGAAAGCUGCGCCGCCAAGCUUAAGAACAAGUACUGGUGGAAGAACUGCAAGAUGAUGAUCAUGAUGGGAAUUAUUGGAGUCAUUGUGGUUGGAAUACUUUUCUUGUACUUCUUCUACUGAGCUCUCGUCCGAUCACCUAGAGACGGACUAACGGACGACGUAAGAUGAGGGAAGAGAGAGAGAGAAAAAAAAAAGACAAGUCCAAGCGCCAAAUCUACUCCUCCUUUUUUCUCCUUCUCCUCCCUCUCUUCACAGUCUUCCAUCCCACACCCUGCAUUCAUACACCCACGAAGUAUGUCCCACCUGUCUCUCUCUAUCUUUCUCUCUCUCUCUCUCCUACGGUUGUGACAUGGACUCUCGAUCACAUUCUCCUAUCUUCUCUGCAUAUAAUGCAUUAUUGAAGAGCGUAGCUCAAAGGAAGGAAAGGAGGAAGAGAGGGGAAGAAAGUGAUGUUAGGAGAGAGAUAGAUGGAGAGAAAUGGCGGGAGAGAGAGAGAUGGCGGGAUAGAGAGAGAAAGAGAGAGAGAGAGAGAGAGAGAGAGAGAGAGAGAGAAACAAAGAUAGUAGGGAGAGGUUAAAGGCGCUCAUGGGAAGGGGUCCAAGAAGAGAAGACAGACCUUGCUCUCUGGGGGAACGUCAGCAUAGGGCAGGAGAAGGAGACACAGGACAGCCCACAGAAGUCCUGUCUGUCCCUCAUAUGCCACAGCUUGUUUAUUCAACCAUUUUCAGUGUCUGACAUUUGUAAAUUAAUACUGACAUGCCUAACUGACAUUGUCCCCACCCCCCCCGACCCUACCGAUAACAACCAUAAAUACUUACUAAUACAAGUUCAUGGUUAGAUUAAGAUUAGGAUAAUUUUUUGCUGUGCGUGUAUGUGUGUGUGUAUUUGUGAUUCAAGGCGCUGUAGCUAAUAGUUUUUUUUGUUGGUGAUUCAUCAUAUAGAUCCGUCAUUUAUUUGUUUAUUUAAUUUCCUGUGCUUAGUGUCUUUCAUAACUUCUGAAUGGCUUUAUGUUAAUAAUAACAAAUAAGAUUAAGUGACCAGUAAAGAUGAGGCGGUGCGUGUGUGUGUGUGUACUCUUGUGUGUGUGUGUGUGUGUGUGUUUGUGCAUGUGGGUGUGUGUAUAAUGAAAAGACAAAAGUAAUUAAGGUUUAGAAAGACCAUAGGGACAUAUUUUAUUUUCUCCUUCCCAUAUAGUUAAAACUUAAUUUUUAUGUAAACUAAAGCAAUUUUAGAUUGAAAAAAAAUAAAGAAACCUCUAUGAAGCUGCUAUUUCUCGAGUCAGGUCUCUUGAGUCCUGUUGGAAGAGAUCUGCAAACACGAUGGGCAGGGGGCACAGAAAAAAGAUUUAAAUAAAUGAAUCAUCAGUAAAAAACGACAAUCUUUCUAACCAGGACUGCUUCGACUUGUGAAGAAAGGUCUCGCAACAUUUACAGCCAUAGCCCGAUCUUAACCCUGUGUUUGUACUGCAGUCGCUCAGAACUUUGUGUCCACUUGUUGUUCACCCUUUGACUCUGCCCCUCCUCCUCCUCUCUGACCCCCUCCACACCAGACACACACCUUGUCACCGAGAGAAAAGGCCGAAGUGAGGUGCUCGUUUCCAACUUGCAUGGCAAGGGUGUCCACAGUUGUGUGUAUGUGUGUGUGUGACCUGUAUAUCUGCCAUUUCUGAAACGAACUGCCGAUUUAUUUAAUUUCAGUUUGGUAGUUGUUUAAAGGACCUGUGUAUAAAUGUAUCUUUGAUCUAGGUAUUAUUAAUGCGAAUGCAAUGCCAUGAUGCUCCAUAGUUAGGACAAUGUUUGUUUAAUUCACUUGUGUUUUGAGGGGGAAAAAUACAAUUAGUAUAGGGAAAGGAAAUCAAGUGAUACAAUACAACACUGGUUUAGGUCUUCAAAUGAGUCUGGUCAGCUUGGUCACUUCCUGCUACCGAAAGCUGGCUCAAGGUUGUUGGAGGUUUUUUAAUGGUUGUCAGAAAUAACGGAAAGCCAGAUAUCUUUUCCCAAGACUGAUUUUGAAGUGUAAAGAAAAAGCUAAACCUAGUGUUCAUCACAAUUACCUAGUGAUAAUGUACAACACUAUAACUGGGUAAUUACCAUUGAAAUGCAGUGAGAGAUGCAAUUGGAAAUUGAUAAUUCUGUAAAAUUGCAUGCUUACCACUUUUGCUGAUGCCAAUAAAGAACUCAUCAAUAGAAGUUU